CUGAUUUGUGGGGACCUAGAAAUUUUUGAACACUACUCCAGACCUGACGCCGAAGCUAAUUGCCACCACCUCUCGCUUCUCUCCCAUUUUCCAUCCCUCCCGAUCAAACCAAUUCACUUUCAAAGACCAGAAAAUUUUCCUCUGAAUUCAACCCUAGACAUCAUACAAAAUCCACACCAUCCAAAUCAAUCGUCUCCCCAAUUCCGUUCCGAUCAAACCUAGGGUUUUGAAUUUUCUCUCUCAAACAAUGAUCCUAACCUAACCAAACCACUCUCAAACCCUAGCUCCAUACCUAAUCCACACCCUCCGGCGAUGUCGACGGCGAGACCAUCUCGUUCUCCGACCGACAACGGUGGCGGCGGCAUCGAUGCGACGCCGUUGCUGACCGAUCAGAUCUUCCUGAGCCGCCGCUUCGUGCGCCGCCCGCCGAGCCUCCGCGGCGCGGCUCGGUUCCUCCGCCGCGCCAGCAGUCGGAGAAUGAUGCGUGAGCCGGAGUUGAGGGUGAGAGAGGCGGCGGCGGAGCAGAUCGAAGAGAGGCAGAGCGAUUGGGCGUACUCGAGGCCCAUCGUGAUCCUGGAUCUGUUGUGGAACUUCGCGUUCGUGUUCGUUGCUUUGUCGGUGUUGGUGGUGAGUCGGAAGGAGUCUCCGACGAUGCCUUUGAGGCUUUGGAUUGUUGGAUAUGCGUUGCAGUGUGUGCUUCACAUGGUGUGUGUUUCGGUGGAGUAUAAGCGGCGGAGGCAGCUGCGAAUUUCGCCUGAUAGUUUGCCGUUGCGUGGUGGGAGUGGUGGUUGGUGGAGCAGAUUGAAUUCGAAUUUGAGUUCGAGUUCGAGUUCAAGUUCGGAUAGUGAUGUUGGGGAGUCUGGGGAUUAUCUCCCUGAGCGGCCUCAGAUUGAAGAUGAAACCAGUGUUGCUAAGCAUUUGGAGUCUGCAAAUACAAUGUUUUCAUUUAUUUGGUGGAUCAUUGGAUUUUAUUGGGUAUCUGCUGGUGGCGAAGCUUUGACACAGGAUUCACCUCAACUUUACUGGCUCUGUAUAACAUUUUUGGCAUUUGAUGUGUUCUUUGUUGUUAUCUGUGUUGCUGUGGCAUGUGUCAUUGGUAUAGCUGUUUGCUGCUGUCUUCCAUGUAUAAUUGCAAUAUUAUAUGCAGUAGCAGAUCAGGAAGGAGCAACGAAGGAAGACAUUGAACGACUGCCCAAAUACAAAUUCCGGAGGAUUGGUGACUUUGAGAAACAAAAUGGGGAGAUUCAAGAAUCUUUUGGAGGAAUAAUUACGGAAUGUGAUACUGAUUCACCAAUUGAACAUGUUCUUUCCCCAGAAAAUGCUGAAUGUUGCAUUUGCCUUUGUCCCUAUGAAGACGGAACUGAACUGCGUGAACUCCCUUGCCGCCAUCAUUUUCACUGCUCCUGCAUAGACAAGUGGUUGUACAUCAAUGCUACAUGUCCUCUCUGCAAGUUCAAUAUACUGAAGAACGGCAAUCAAAGUAGUAGCGAGGAAGUGUAGGAAAAAGGCUAGUUCUUCAAUGGAUUGGUAACUUUGGAUCUUGUUAUGUGUAUUUUGUGAUUCUGCCAACACGGUUUCUCAAGAUCUGCUCCGGCUGAAGUGUUGUUUACGAGUACAUCAUAGUGCUGCAGAAUCUGUUGUUUUCCCUUGUUUGUGUUUGUGUUUAAUGUACAUGGGUAUUUUUUCUUUUCAACAGACCACUGUUGUGUUAGCUGUUGAUGUAGCUUUUGUUUAUUGUGCAAUCUAUAAUCUCUGGAAUUCGAUUGUUACAACAUAGAAAGUGUUUUGAAAAAUGGUAAUUACUCUCGUAAUUCUGAUCA